ACCCCAAAAUUUAUAAAAGUAUUUUCAUACACCAAACAAAACCCUUCACAUCUAUUCUCAAAAAACAGCACAGUUCUCCUCGCCGUUGAUCAUCCAAGGUCGGGACUUCAUCCAACGGCCAUUAAUCCACCUCGAUAUCUCACUUCUCCGGUGAUCUCAGGAGCUUCUCUUUCUCUGAUAAUUUUGGAAUUUGGAUCAGAACAGCACAGGGGGAUUGCUUAAUUCCAGUGUAAGGACAUCUCUAUUCCAGUUUUCGGCUUUCCCUAUCCUCCAAAAUUCAAAAAUUUUGCUAACUGAUUAAAAAACCUGUUUGGUAGCUGAGAAAAGAAAAAUAUCAUAUUUUCUCGGCAACCAAACGUUGCUUAAGGUUAUUUGGUAAUUGAAUUGAUAGUGCUUUUCAAUCAUUGUGAGUGAGAGAUCACACAAACGGUUCGGUGAAAGCAACUAAACGGAGAAAGCAGCAAUUUUUGUAUGAAAAGUAGUGGUUUUCGAUUGUUCUGAUAUAUAUUGGAGUGAAAAAUGGAUGACAUUCAUGAAGAUAAUGUGCGGAUGCAUAUGAGCGAGGCACAACAUCCGAUGCAAUUUCAGUAUGAGCAUCAUGGGUUGCAUCAUAUGAGCAAUGGGAAUGUGAAUGGGAUGGAUGAUAAUCAUCAUCAUGACAAUGGGAAUGUGAAUGGUAGUGGUGGUGGUGGGAAUGAGGGUUAUGAAGGGGAUGUCCCGUCUGAUGCCGGGAAUCUUUCUGAUAAUCGUAGCGCAAUGGUGGAUCAAGUCGGUGGUGAUAGUGGAGACCAGCUUACACUGUCAUUUCAGGGUCAGGUUUAUGUGUUCGAUUCUGUAUCACCUGAAAAGGUUCAAGCUGUGCUAUUAUUGUUGGGGGGCCGGGAAGUACCUCCAAACAUGCCUGCCAUCCCAGCAACUGUUCACAAUAAUAACCAUGGAAUUUCUGGUACUCCACAACGGUUAAGUGUCCCUCAGAGAAAUGCCUCACUGGCUAGAUUCCGUGAAAAGCGAAAAGAAAGAAACUUUGACAAGAAAAUUCGUUAUACUGUUCGUAAAGAGGUAGCUCUUAGGAUGCAGCGAAAUAAAGGUCAAUUUACGUCUUCUAAGUCCAAUAAUGAUGAUUCAGCAUCAGCUGUAACAAGUUGGGGCUCAGACGAGAGCUGGGGUCCUGACAGUAAUGGAUCCCAGCAUCAGGAGAUUGUCUGUCGGCACUGUGGCAUCAGUGAGAAGUCUACUCCAAUGAUGCGACGUGGUCCUGAAGGGCCAAAGACCCUUUGCAACGCAUGUGGACUUAUGUGGGCAAGCAAGGGAACUUUGAGGGACCUCUCUAGGGCAGCACCAAAAGCUGGACAGAAUUCUUCUUAAAUAGGGAUAAGAAAAUAGGUUUUGAGGCUGACCAAAUGGCGGUUAAGAGUUGCAGGAAACCUUAGUGAUGUCUCAAGAUAGCCCUUUUGGAUUCAGCCACCAUAUAGAGGAAGGAAUCUACUUAUUAAACUAAUGGAAGAACUGGUAUUAUACCCUUUUAAAUGAGUUUAUAGGGUUGGUUCUGCUGCACUUGGAGGUUGGAUUUUUAUGCUGGCCUGAACUUUCUGCUGUUAAACUUGACUUUAUAUGUGGAUAGGAUAAAAUUUCAAGCCCUUUGAAAGACAGAUUUGGAGAAACCUAAAUCAUUUGGGGCAACGAGGCCAUACCGAUAUAUCCUCAAUUCAAUUAUACUGCUUUUGACAGAGUAAUGUUUGUCCAUAAAGACAAUGCUGGGGAAUGCCCAAAGGAUCUCAUACAGGCUUUGUUUUGCAUUAGCCUCCUCCUAAGCAGUUUCAGUGAAUUAAGGAUUUUAUAAUUGCAUCUAUCAAGAACCAACUGUUGUGUUUUCCCAUUU